GUCACUAAGCGCCAUCUUGUAACUGCAAACAUUCAUUACUCCAGUGGGUUACUGUUGGCACCAUGACUGCUAUAUGGUUUGUAUUUUUUCUUUAAAGUUCAGUCUAAAAGAAAAAGGGGGGUGGGUGUCACCGAAAUGAUGCACACCUUGACAAAAAUUGCUUGAUAUAUUUGUUAAAUGUGCGAUUUUGUCAAGAAUGAAAAUAAAGGCUAAUUGAAGGACGAAAUAUGAUCGUUUGUGUUACAUCCGACGGUCCACAAUAGUUAACGUGGGUUGGCCACCUCUGGAAUAUCAUUUUUUUUUAAAAUUAAUUUUUGUGAGGACCCUUGACGUCAGGGUGUAUAUAACAGUCAGGACAAUAGUUUGGUGGUCUACGGCCCGACAAGAUGGUUUCCAUGACGUGUCUCAUCAUCAUCGGACUACUUCUCACGGUCUCGUGGACGGGUAAAUGGAAAUUUUCAUUUUAAAAAUAUUUAAGACUUUGUAAAACGCAUCACACAAAAAAGUUGGUACCAACAAUGUUGUUGUUAUGAACGCCUAAUAUAACAAGAAAGUAUUGUACUGGACAUGUCAAUGGCCUUGUUCUUUUUGUUUUCGACAUCAGAGAGAACUUAGCCUAUGUCCACGGCUUAGUCUUGCUAAACUUUUGUCUACGGCUUAGUCUUGCUAAACUUUUGUCUACGACUUAGUCUUGCUAAACUUUUGUCGACGGCUUAGUCUUGCUAAACUUUUGUCUACGACUUAGUCUUGCUAAACUUUUGUCUACGAUUUAGUCUUGCUAAACUUUUCUCUACGACUUAGUCUUGCUAAACUUUAGUCCAAGGCUUAGUCCUGUUAAACCUUUUGUCUAGGACUUAGUCUUGCUAAACUUUUGUCUACGACUAAGUCUUGCAUAAUUUUUGUCGAAUGCUUAGUCUUGCUAAACUUUUAAAUAUUCUAUUUGAUUUUUGUGAAGCCUGGACAUAAUUAAAAUAGUUUCAAAAUAAUCUUUUAAAAUUCUUGAUGUUCAUCGAAUAAGCCAUAUGAUAUUCAAAUAUUAUUCCAGUUAAAUACCUAUGAAAAAAACACUAAAUGUUAGAGCUGUCUUCAAGGAUUUUUGUUGUAAAAAAAAAUCAAAAUCAAACAACAACAUACUUAUAUCUUUGUUUGUUUCGUCCUCGUCUAGGUUUUCACAUAACCUGUGAUUCAUAUCACCUAUGGUGUUAGCUAGGCAUCUCAAAGCCUUCAUAUAGCAUUCAGUAUCAAUCUAACAUAGGGUAUGACUCUUGAAAUCCAGCACGAGGUGGUCUUUAUUUAACACCAUUGUUCAACCUUUUGGACUACUGUCCCCGGGGUCAAAUCCUUAAAAGAAUACCAUUUGGUUGAUUUGAUAGAAUGAGACAUCUGAAGCCAUGGGGAUCAUGUGGACUUAACCCCGCUGGUCACUGGCCAUACACGAUCUCUCACAAAUAUGUUCAUUCCCAAAGUUUAAAAAAAAUAUCGUGUGUUAUACCCCCAUCCACUUAAGCCCCAUCCACUUAAGCCCCAUCCACUUAAGCCCCAUCCACUUAAGCCCCAUCCAUUUAAGCCCAUCCACUUAAGCCCCAUCAACUUAACCCCCCAUCAACUUAAGCCUCAUCCACUUAACCCCCAUCAACUUAAGCCCCAUCCACUUAAGCCCCACCAACUUAACCCCCAUCAACUUAAGCCCCAUCAACUUAAGCCCCAUCAACUUAAGCCCCAUCAACUUAAGCCCCAUCAACUUAAGCCCCAUCAACUUAAGCCCCAUCCACUUAAGCCCCAUAAACCAAAUGUGUAAAAAGCGAAGAAGGAAGAUUUAAUCAUCGAUAAUUAUCGUUUACUUUUUCUUUUUUUAGCAAGCUCCACUACAGAUGACGACAUAACUAUCCGAAAUGAGCUAAAAGAUAUCAGACUAAGACUAAAUGACCUUGAGAUAUUCAAGACAAAAAUCAGCUCAAGAUUCGCGCUGGCUGCGGGCGCUCUAUUCGAGAUCUCCCCGGAGUUUGAAGGCAGGCGUUAUUACCUCUCCAAAAGAACCGGAGGUGCUGCCAUCCCAGUGUCCGAGGCCACUUGUGAACUUUUUGGAGGGUACCUCGUCGAGAUCGAUGACCUGAAAGAGUAUCGCUUUGUUCAGAAUUUCAUUCGAAACCAUUCCUCAGACUUCUUUGGUGUUUACACAGGCGGCAACGAUGAAGAUCGCGAGGGGACGUGGGUCUAUCGCCACAGCAAGGAACCAGCAGUGUUGCUAGACUGGACUCCUGGACAACCAACCAAUGACGUUGACGGAGAUUGUUUGAUUUUAUUGAACCGGAACGACUGGAGGAUGGACGACUUCCGGUGCUACUACGACAACUCGGACACCAGAUUUAUGUGUGAAGUACCGAUGGAAUAGAAUUGCUCAGUACCGCUAUCACGGUAUACAAAUCAUUGUCAUGAUAAGUGAUUGACAUCGAUAAUAUUUCUGUGUACUUUGUAAGUGAUAUGUUAAGAUUUUUAUCUGAAUAGCGUGUAUAGCUCUAAACCAUUAAAACAAAGCUAC